GUUCGAGUUUCUUCACUCCGCGCGCGCCACUUAAUCGAGACAAAACAACUGAAGUCGAGUCUGCCUGCAUGCAAUUCACAGGUAUCUUGAUCCAUUCUCCGAGUUCUCUUAACGUCCAUAUAUAUAUAUACAUAUAAUACUUAGUUCCUUUGUCUGUGUUGUCGAGUGUUAAUAAACUGUGGGUAUGUCGUUGUAGCUUGUAGGUUAGUGGAAAUGUCUCAAACGAAAAAUUAAACGUUUUCAAUACAAUUAUUACACACGUGAAACACGCCGAACAGCUGUUUGAUAUCUAAAAAUAUGUAAUAAUAGAAGUAUUAUUGAAUAUAAGGUGAUGGUAAUUGUGUGAAUAUGGGAUUUUCUACGAAUCUACAGGGUAAGAUCGCCCACGAAGCGCUUCUAUCCAGACAAGAUGCCGAACUAAGGUUGUUGGACUCUAUGAAAAGGUGCAUUGUUUCUAAAGUUAAGUGCGAUAGGGAUUAUGCGGUGGCGCUUAGCGCAGUGGCAUCCCAAGGGUUGAAAUUCGACAGGGGCGACGAACUUUCUGGAAGCCUAGUCGCUGCUUCUUGGCGAAAUAUGAUGGACGAAAUGGAUGGCACCGCUAAAAUAAUUCGACAAAACGCAGAUAACAUCGAAAAUAAAUGUUUGGAUACGUUGAAUACGCUGUACGCGGAAAAAAGAAAAGCUAGAAAAUUGUAUCAGGAAGAACACGCGAGAAUUUUACAACAAUUCACGCACUUAUCAGACGAAGUGAAUCGAAAAAAAGCCGAAUAUCAAAAAUAUUUAGAACUUUAUAAACAGAUGAGAUGUAAAUUCGAAGAACAUUACAUAAAAUCUGGUCGCGGAGGUAGAAAAUUGGAUGAUGUCAGGGACAAAUACCAAAAAGCCUGUCGGAAACUUCAUUUAACUCACAACGAAUACGUUUUAUUGCUUUGCGAAGCCGUAGAAUUCGAAAAGGACUUCAGAACGGUUUUGCUACCGGGGCUAUUGGAAUAUCAACAAUCCCUACAGGAGGCCUACAUUUCGACGUGGAAACAAAUUCUACAGGACGUUGCCAUAAAUUCCGAUUUAACUUCCGAGAAGUUCAAGGACAUCCAAAAGAAAAUAAUAAACAGCAUCGAAAGCCUCAAACCAAGCGAGGAAUAUAAAGAUUUCACCGAAAAACACAAAACCACGCCUGCGGAACCAGUGAAAUUUGUUUUCGACGAAAGCCUCGUGGAGGAUUCCGCUGGAAAAUUGCUUCCCAAUCAAUUGACAGUCGAUAAUUUGACGGUGGAAUGGUUGAGAACGAAACUGAGUGAUUUGGAGACGAAUAUAAAAGAGAUACAAGAAAAACGAAACAACAUUAGCACCACCGAAGGUUUGGUUAAUGGUAAAACUUCCAACACCAACGAUACUAAUAACAGAUUAUCAUCUAUAAGUAUAGACACGUGCAAGAAGGAAAUAAACGAAUUAAAAUGCCAGGAAAGGAAGAUGCUAAAGCAGACCGAAUUAAUUCGGAGCGCUCUGAAUGAAUUGGGUUGCGAGGAAGCCCCGACGGCCUGCGACCUAUCAAUAGACAGUCAAAAUUCCUUCAACGGCAACACAGAAGAGGUACAUAUCACUACAAAUAAAUCACUGGUGGAUGAAGAGUGGUUUCACGGGGUGUUGCCUCGGGAAGAAGUCGUCAGAUUGUUGAGGGAAGAUGGCGAUUUUCUCGUCAGAGAAACGACAAGAAACGACGAAAGUCAAACUGUUUUAUCGGUUUGUUGGGGCGGCCACAAACAUUUUAUAGUACAAACUACUAUUGAGGGUCAUUUUCGAUUCGAGGGACCGGCUUUUCCGAGCAUCAGAGAAUUAAUUCUAUAUCAAUACAACAGCGAAUUACCCGUAACGAGUAGAUCAGGUGCCAUAUUACGUAACCCGAUACCGAGAGAAACCUGGGAACUGAAUAACGACAACGUGGUACUAUUAGACAAAAUAGGAAAGGGUAACUUCGGGGACGUUUACAAGGCUCAGUUGAAGAACAGCAACACCAUAGUGGCGGUUAAAACGUGCAGGGUGACUUUGCCCGAAGAACAUAAAAAGAAAUUUUUACAAGAAGGGAGGAUAUUGAAGCAGUACGAUCAUCCGAAUAUUGUUAAAUUGAUCGGUAUAUGUGUACAGAAACAACCGAUUAUGAUCGUCAUGGAAUUAGUACCAGGUGGAUCUUUAUUGACAUUCUUGAGAAAAAAAGCGUCUACCCUUAUAGAAAGUCAAUUAAUGAAAAUGUGUCUGGAUACGGCUUCCGGAAUGAAAUAUUUAGAAUCAAAAAAUUGUAUACACAGAGAUCUGGCAGCUCGAAAUUGUUUGGUAGGUUAUAAUAACGUCGUUAAGAUAUCCGAUUUCGGAAUGUCGAGAGAAGAAGAGGAAUAUAUAGUUUCCGACGGUAUGAAACAGAUACCGAUCAAAUGGACGGCGCCGGAAGCUUUAAAUUUCGGUAAAUACACUUCCUUGUGUGACAUUUGGAGUUACGGCGUUUUGUGUUGGGAGAUAUUUUCGAAAGGCGGUACACCCUAUAGCGGCAUGAGUAAUUCCAAAGCUCGAGAAAAAAUCGAUAGCGGUUAUAGGAUGCCGGCUCCGGAUAACACUCCGGACGAGAUGUACCGUUUGAUGUUGAGAUGUUGGGAGUACAAACCGGAGAAUAGACCGAAUUUCGAACAAGUUUAUAGCGUCGUAGAUACGUUAUGCGCCGCAUACAGGGUGACGUUUUGUUAAAAUAAUACAAUUUUUCAUUAUCAAAGUAACUGUGAUGAAAUUUCGCGUUAAUAGACACACGCGUCUUAGAAUGUCUACUUCGAGCGGAAGUGACGAGGAAAUCGUGAGGAAAUAAUUGUUUCGAUAAAUAAGUAAAGUUGGCAACAUUGCAUACGGUUGUUGUUUGUCAAAAUUUCUAUUUAAAAACUGAAUUAUCGAUAAACUGUGUCACGGUUUUUAAUCAUUUCCUGUAAUUUUCAUGUUUUUUUUUUAAAUUGUAGAUUGACAGUUUUUUACUUUGCGAUUUUAAUUUUUUUUUCCAUAAUUUGUAUUCUAUUAUCUGUAAUUACGAUUUUAAUUGGAUAUCUUUAUGUAUUAGUAAAAUGCGCGCGUUCAAUAAUAAAAAUUAUACAAAUAGAACAAAAAAAAAA